AUGUUCUUCCCUUCGGUUGCCAAGCUGCUGCUUGCAGCUGGCUUCGCCCACUCUGCUUUGGCCCACAACAUUGCGCUACCCGCCCAUGGCCGCGAGUGCUUCCAUGAGACGCUGCACCGCGAUGACAAGAUGACCGUCACCUUCCAGGUCGGCGACCGCGAGUUUGGCAGUGCCGGCAACCUGGACAUCGACUUCUGGAUCACAAACCCUCAGGGUCAGUACGAGACCUUCGACAAGAGCGUUUCCAACGGUGACUUCUCCUUUGAUGCCAAGCACGACGGAAAAUACACAUACUGCUUCGGCAACGAGCACUGGGGCGCCCACAGCAAGGAGGUUUCCUUCAACGUCCACGGUAUUGUCUACGUCAGCGAGACUGACGUGCCCGCCGACCCCCUCGAGACUGAAGUCCGUCACCUCUCCGAACUCCUCGCUCAGGUCAAGGACGAGCAGUCCUACAUCGUCAUCCGCGAGCGCACCCACCGUAACACCGCCGAGAGCACCAACAGCAGAGUGAAGUGGUGGAACCUGUUCGUUAUUGGUCUGGUCAUCGGAGAGUCCGUUUUCCAGGUGUGGUGGCUUCGCAGAUUUUUCGAGGUGAAGAGAGUGGUUUAA